CCGCUGCAUAACCUGGAUAUAGAAAAGUUCCCUUUCCCAGCUGUUUCUACCUCCCGCAUGUGUAGCAGCGGGUCCCAGGAGCUGGAGCACGCUGACAGCCACACCAGGAGAAGCACCCACCACAGAGGAGGCCCUGGAGGAGGCCCCACACCAGCCACCACAGCAGGAGGAGGAGAGGACGUCUCCGUCAUGAAGUGCAGACGUUUAGUGGUGGACACGGCCGCCUUCGUCAAGAAUGUCCCGCUCUGGGAAUAUGGAGAGGAGCUAUUUAGCUUGCCAGAAGUUAUUGAGGAGAUCCGGGAUAAGCAGACAAGACAGCGGGUGGAAGCCAUGAUUGUCCCCAUCACCAUGAGACAACCUCAGGCACACUCAAUAAGGUUUGUUAAUGAAUUUUCUAAGAAGACGGGAGAUUAUGCCAGUUUGUCGCUAGCCGAUGUUAAAGUCUUGGCCCUUACAUAUGAGCUUGAAGUUGAAACUCGAGGAGGAUCUGACCACCUUCGAUCAGAGCCACAAAAGAUAAUCACUGAAGGAGCUGCUACGAAGGGCACUAAAACCAGUGCACCCAACAUUGAGGGUUUUUAUCUUCCAUCUCAAAAGUGUGAUGGUAAAGCAACCAUCUCUCCUGACAACCCGUUCAGGAGAGCUUCACCAUCAGGUACCACAGGCUCAGAACACGUCUCCAGAGAAUCGUUUCCCUUAACCAACUCUGCCGUGUUGUCUUCUCAAAGACACAUCAGCUCGUGGCAUUUGAUGCUGAUGAACAGUUUCCUUGAGGAACAUAGCUACGUGAGUGGCCACUUACCCACAAACAAUGACUUCAUAUUGCACUCCACCCUUGUCAGUGAAUACCCUCAGUUUGGUCCAAGUAGAAGUCAUUCUAAUUCAGAACUACUGGUGCUUGAUAAUUCCAAAAUACAGUUUGAAAACAGUGCAUGUCUUCUUGACUUCACCUUCCCUCAUGUGAAAAGAUGGGCUUCACAUAUUUUGUCAUUUAAUGAAGAUAGAACUAUAUGUUCUAGUUCCUCAGAGUGUGUGGAGGAACUGCUUCACAACUUGGAAGAGAUGCGACGGCAAAUGGGUGAAGAAAGCUCUCUAGAGUGUGUCCAGCAGAAUGACAGCAAUUCGCUACAGUUAGACGAGAAGGAUGGGGAUAAAUGUUCACCGAUUGAUCACCACAGUGACAAAGGUUCUCCACAAUCCACGUUUGAUGACCAGGCUGAUGCAGGGUGUCCACAGUCUGACCAAGGAGAGCCAGCGCAUGUGGAUUUGAGCUCGCUCGUGCUUUCUGAACAAUCCGAAGUACCAAAUCAAAAUGAAGAUGAUAGCAGUGAAGAUGAUCAAGUUGUCAGUGAUACUGCAGAGGAAGGGGAUGAUGGUAAAGAGGAGAGUGAGACUGACGACGUGUCUGAAGAUGGAAGUGAGGAGGAAGGAUGGAUUACACCAUCAAACAUAAAGAGACAGAAAAACAAGAAAAAUGCUUAUUUCAAUGCAGACGAUGAGCUGAAGGAAGACGUCCAGGUGGCUUGUAUGACGGCUGAUUUUGCUAUACAGAAUGUACUGAAGCACAUUGGGUUAUCCAUCAUGGGUGUUGAUGGUAAAUUUAUCAGACAUGUGAGAACAUACAUCUUGAGGUGCCAUGCCUGCUUCAAAACUACAUCUGUGAUGACAAAGAUAUUCUGCCCGCACUGUGGCAACAAAACACUGAAGAAGGUAGCGGUAACAGUGAACCCCGAUGGCACACAGAAAAUCUGGAUCAAUACAAAGAGGCCUAUAAACACUAAAGGAAUGAAGUACUCGUUACCCACUCCUAAAGGUGGUAAACAUGGGAGGAACCCCAUAUUGGUAGAAGAUCAGCGAGAAGCGAAAAGGUUUUCGAGCAAGAUGAGUCGGAAAAAGGUUAAUCCUCUACAUGAAGAUUAUAAUCCAGGCCAAAUGCCAUUUGCAGUACGUGAUGUGUACUCUCGUGCUGCUCAGCUGGGCUACAUUGAUGGCAAGAACCAUCACCAUUACUAUUGGGAGAAAAGAAACCCCAAUGAACCAGCGAGACGAACAGGGAAAAAGAAAAAUCACGAAUAAUAAAGAUAUUCAUGUA